ACCUCGGCAAUGGACGUCUCCAAGGCUCUCCGGUUCCUCGUCCCCCUGUCCUGCAAGUUUGCCAUCCGCGCUGGCGGGUUCGGCACCGUUCCGGGCAUCGCCAACAUCAAGGGCGGCGUGACGAUUGACCUGCGAGGCCUCAACGACGUCGCUCUCAACAGCGACAACAUCACGGUCAACGUGGGCAGCGGCGCUACUUGGGGCGCCGUCUAUUCGCAGCUGCAGACUUCCAACUUGACGGUGGCCGGAGCUCGGGCAGGGUCGGUGGGUGUGGGCGGUUCGACACUGGGAGGCGGCCUCGGGGAUUUUGCUCCCAAAGCCGGCUUCGCAGCCGACCAGGUCAUCGCCUUCCAGGUCGUCCUGGCAAACGGCGACAUCGUGACUGCAUCGGCCACGCAGAACAUUGCCCUCUACAAGGCCCUCAAAGGCGGAUCGAGCAACCUUGGGAUCGUCACGAGGUUGACGUUCAAGACGUUUCCCAUUGAAAACAUAUGGGGAGGCACCAUUCUGUACAACAAGACGACGAUUGACGCCCACGCCCAAGCCCUGUAUGACUUUGCGUCCAAUCCCAGCUACGACGCCAAUGCAGGCUAUAUGCUCAGCUUCAUAUACAACCCAUCGUUUGGGACGAUCCUUGCCAGCCGACUGGCCUAUGCGGAACCCACGGAGAACCCGCCUGUGUUCCAAGCCAUCACGGCGAUUCCCAACCAGCUGCAGAAUAGUACGCAGAUUACCAACGUGGCCGCUUUCUCGAAUCUGUCUCUGUCGUUCAGUGCAGAUGGAUACCGGCAAGACAACUGGGACCUUACGUUUGAGAACAACGUUGUCUGGUACAAGUCCCUAUAUGGGCUGUUCCAAAACAGCAUCUCGAGUCUCAAGGGUGUUGAGAACGUGACCUGGGCCUUGACCCUCGAGCCCAUUGUCCCAGCCAUCUUGGCCCAGUCUCAGACCACUGGCGGCAACAUUCUCGGCCUCGACAACAUUACGCUUCCGGGACUCGCCCUCGGCGUCUUCUCCGCCACUUGGCAGGAUCCCGCCAAGGACAAGCAGGUCUACGAUGCGUCUGACAAGUUUCUGCAGAAGGUGACUGAUGUCGCCAAGAAGGCAAAGGUCUUGCAACAAUACGUCGACGUGAAUUACGCCGGGAGAAAGCAGAACCCGAUUGCGAGCUUUGGAAUGCCAAACGUUGCCUUUUUGAAGCAGGUUGCGAAGCAGGUUGAUCCCAAUGGAGUCUUUCAGAAGCUGGUGCCCGGCGGCUUCAAGUUGUGA